CAUAUGACAGUCCCGCCCGAGGCAAGUUAUCCGCUCAUCUAGGAUUCGGUCCAUUUUCAAUGCAGAAUCUAAGAAUGCACAGUAUGUGAUUUAAAACGUGUCCCAUUGUUUGACAUUCGAACAAAAGCACACGAGCCUUAAAAUUCAUGGCGUCUUUACCAGAAGGGCUGGAAUUGAUUUGCGUGUCCACGAGAAGCAAAACAGAUGGUCGUGUAACUUGAUAAAUGAUACAUUCAGCCAUUUUGUUGCCUUCGAUUUCAUAUUCAGUUUUGUCCUAAAUUUGCUCGUUUGUUAAUACUGGAAAUAGUCUAUAGGCCUUCAUUGGCAUUUGGUAGGGGCAGUUACUCUCCGAUGAAGAGUUGUGAUAUGCAAAAAAUAAAUAAAUCAUAAAAACAUUUCCAAUUAGCAUAUGGGUAUAAUACACACUUGUACCUACAUGUGUGAAAUGGGACAAAUAAAUGCACCCAUCAAAUUAUAGUUAUUUGUCUAUUAUUAAAAUAUCGUUGGUCAUUAAUUGUAUCAAAAUAGUGUCAAUCUAUCAAAUGCACCUUACCACUUAGCACACCAUGUUAAUGCAAUAUAUAUCCAUCUAUCUUUCUCUUAAUAUUUUUUUCCCCACUUCUAUGAAAGAUCCACUGAGUAAAGUUUAAAUGGAUCAAGUAACAGCCUAGUGGCUGUUGUUCCUUCAUUGUCCAGGAGAUAAUAUAGUUAAAGAGAAGGAACGCUAAGUGGGUGUGCCUUGUCAUCCAUUAGUUUAGCGGUCACUUCUUCAGUGAGGAACGUCGACUGCUGUCUUGAGGAGUGGCGAAGGCUCGAGGACUGCCAUGCGGUCACUCUCUCGUGCGCCACUCAGCCGGUGAGAGUAGAAGAGGAUGGAAGUCCGUUCACUGUACUGAACCAGAGACAGAAACACUACAGAGAGAGAGAGAGAGAGAGAUAUUUGGCUAGUCUGAACGCUUGGUCCAGCAACAGUAUAUUUAAUCUCGGACUAGACCUCUGCUUGUGUCGGUGAUUUUUGUUCAACUUUUUGAUGAAAAGUUGUUUCCUAAGCCUAGGAGUACUGUGCUCUUUUCCAGAAAGAAAGGUAAGGAUCUUACUCUUUUCAAUUCGUUGUCUUGUGUAUUUUCUAUUGAAAUUUUAAUAUCUCAUCACCAGUCACAACAGCUUCAUAUUUGACAUGUUUUUCGUAAGUGUUACCUUUAAUUUAUUUUCCAAUUCAUAUAUUAUUUUCGGAAGACUUAUAGAAUAUAUAUUUACAACCAUUGCGCAAAACCACCCAAAAAGUGGGACGGAUGUGAGAUGCUAAAUGUGAGGGAAAUAUUUGCCUUUUGUAAAAGUCUAUUUUAAUAUUUUAUUGUAGGUCUAUAAGGCGUUGUACUAACGUUAAUCUAGGGAGACACGCAUGCGAUGUUUUAAUUAUAUAUAUGGCUAGUCUUUUAUUAACAGAUCAAAUACGUACAAUUUAACCCGUGUAAUUACCAAGAAAGCAGCUUAGCUGUUCUUUUCCUCUCUGGUAAGCGCAUUGGCGCAGCUCAGAGUGUAUUUUCCUUCUGCUCUUUUGCGUGUAAGGAUCUUAUGUAGUUCUUAAGUAAUCACCCUCUCCUCUGAGCCGAUUUAAAGACGACAGGAAAAGGUCCCGUGAAUAAACAACUAACUGAUCAUGGAUAGCCUUAGUUGGCAUCGUCCUACAAAAAAAUACAAUCCAAUAGGUCAUGUUAAAAAAUUAGCUUUCGGGUGGUUUAGACACAUAAUAUGAAUAUGCCUAUACUAAACAUGAACGUUUAUAUUAAAUUAUGUAGACCUAUUUUAUUAUUUAUUUAUCUAUUUAUUUAGAACUGGGUCACCAAACGACGAAUAACUAACUAAUCCUUGACUUUUGUGAAUAAUGCUGGGUUGAAAAUGUUUUUGAUUGUCCUAUAAUAACACUAAGUAUGUAGUAAUAAUAAUAAUAAUAAUAAUGCUGCAUAGUUAUUAGUAUAUAAUAACACUGAUCUUCUGCGUUACUUUUAAGACCUUGACCAUGUUAUUGUUAAUAUUGCACGAAAUGUGCGCGCGUAGGCCUAUUGGUAAGAUUAAUUACAAAGCUAUUUCAUGGCCUUUAUUUAUUUAUUUAUUUAUUUGGAAUGAAUUGCAAACUAUUUAGGGCUAGUGCAUUUUUUGACAGGCGUUAUGCCAACUAUAGGCCUAUAUGGUAGUGCAAUAGGCUACCCUAAAAUGUCUAUUUUUAUUUUCAGACUUCCAGGAAUGGAGUCGAUACCCAAUCAACAACCAGCGGGACGAGACUCCAGCUCUUCCCCCAGCUCCAAGCAGGACGUUCAGCCCUUCUCCAGCCCCAUCUCCCUGAAGCCUAACCAAGUCAGCGAGACCGCGUUGUAUGGAGUGCACAUCGUGUCUUUGGUCAUAGAUGGCCAGGAAAGACUUUGCUUGGCGCAGAUAUCCAACACAUUGCUAAAGAACUACAGUUACAACGAAAUCCAUAACCGACGCGUUGCUCUUGGAAUCACCUGCGUCCAGUGCACGCCCGUCCAGCUCGAGAUACUGAGGCGCGCUGGCGCCAUGCCAAUCUCCUCGCGGCGCUGCGGUAUGAUCACUAAGCGGGAGGCGGAGAGGCUAUGUAAAUCAUUCCUCGGUGCUCACAACCCACCAAAGCUACCGGAAAAUUUCGCUUUUGAUGUCUCUCAUGAAUGCGCGUGGGGAAGCAGAGGUAGCUUCAUACCUGCCAGGUAUAACAGCUCGAGGGCCAAGUGCAUUAAAUGCACAUAUUGUAACAUGUAUUUUUCCCCGAAUAAAUUCAUAUUCCACUCUCAUCGCACUCCCGAGUCCAAGUAUACACAGCCAGACGCAGCAAACUUCAAUUCGUGGAGGCGCCAUCUCAAACUAACAGACAAAAGCUCGUCGGAUGAUGUUGCCCACGCGUGGGAGGAUGUUAAAGCGAUGUUCAACGGGGGAAGUCGUAAGAGGACGCUACCUAUGAGUGGGUCAUCCAUGUCCUCUCCUUUGAAGUCACAUUCCACCAGUAACCCAACCCAAAGAAGUUCCCCCGAGGUACCCCAUAAAACGUUGCGCUGUGACGAAGACCGAGGUAGGCCUAACAUCAGUCUGUCAAAUGGCGUCCGGAACUACCCGGUUAUCCCUGUGCCCAGUAAGAGCUUUGGGAUGCUUCAAAAGAUCCAGCCACCGCUCUUCCCCCACCCGUAUGGAUUCCCUGCGUUUGGACUGUGUCAAAAGAAGGACGACGGCGUGGGAGAGACAAAUAAAACCAACGUUUCGGGUGUCUUUUGGCCAGGAGCAAAGGACAGUAUCUAUCCCUCUUUCCCGAUGUUUUGGCCAACAGCAGGUGGCCUGCCGAUGCCACCGUAUCAACAGUCACCACCCAAACCACCCACAGAGCUCUUAAGUGUCAGACAGAGUGAUCUCGAGUUAUCGGAUCAAAGUGACCGGUGCGCAAACACACCUAAGGAUAGCUUUCAAGACAGCGAACGGUGCUCCAGCUCACAAUCCACCCGGAACGACGAGGAUAAAUCCGGGGAUGAGGCCCGGUCGACGGAAGGACUCCCCACAACUCCACGGAAGAUAAAUUACAUCUCUGCGUUCAGACCUGUGGUGAAAGACGCCGAAAGCAUUGCAAAGCUAUACGGCAACAGGGACACGUACAGCGGUGUGCGCUCUGGUUACCUAUCGCCAGAUUUCGUGAGUGAAAGUUCUAGCUAUAGGUCUAUGUCCCCGGAUGUGGAUAGCGUGGACGACCCAGACGUUGACGUGGAGUCAAACAGGGCACACGAGGACGAAGAGUCAGUCCAACUGUCAGUGGAGGACCGUCAGAGUCCCCCGCCCCUCAACUCAGCCCAUUCCGGGCCUGAAGAUAGUCGAGAGCUGGGGACAAGUCCAGGACCACAACCGGAAGAUUCCCACUCCGGGUCCUCUGAUGACGAGAGGCAGGGUGGACAGGUGUCAGAGCGCCAUGAUACACCGGUGUACGAAGUGUACACACAUGAAAAGGAUGGACACAUGCCUUUGAACGGUCCAUCUACGUUUGGAUCAAAACAUAGCAGCCCAUUGCAAUCGAACGGUGUCCUCCAUGUUUCCGACCCACAUAAACAACGUUCUCCUACAAGAGAGGACGUUCCACAAAGAGCCUAUCAGGACCAAGCAAAGGAAAGCCCACCAUGCGAUGGGGCAUUACGUCAGCAUGACGUCAGUAGGAUCCACGAAAAAGAUAUCGAAAACAUGGCUAAAGAGGAACUUCAGAAACAGCUUGUCGAACAAGUGGAGCUCAGAAAAAAGUUGGAACGCGAAUUUCAAAGUUUAAAAGAUAAUUUUCAGGACCAAAUGAAGAGGGAACUGUCCUACAGAGAAGAAAUGGUCCAACAACUUCAUAUUGUCCGAGACACGUUGUGCAGCGAGUUGGAUCAAGAAAGAAAGGCGCGUUAUGCAAUACAACAGAAGCUAAAAGAAGCUCAUGACGCCCUGCACCAUUUCUCCUGCAAGAUGCUGACCCCUCGCCAUUGUACUGGAGCCUGUACUUUCAAACCCCCUCUGCUGCCUCCAUAAUAGACCACAAGACCCCCCAUGACUCCAGUACAGCUCACUGCAGCCAAAAAGAGAGACACCCACCUCAAGUAGUCACAGUCUCUCCGUAACUUCUUUACCUUUGCCCUCCCUCACCAGUCAUCCAAGGAUUCACAACUUGUGAACACACUCCAGCGCUUUUUAUUUAACGCAGAAGAAGUGUCUAUGGAGGUCAGGAGAACAAGACCUUCCAUUGAAAAGAGCUCUUGAAGAUACACCAACACCAAACGACUGGUCCAUUGUAUGUGUUGUAUUUAUAGACAGUUAUCAGGUUGUAAAGAGCUCUUGAUAUGGACUCACCAAGUCCCUUUGAAUCAUAAUCCAUUGCUCUUCAUAUAUCCCGUGUAUAUAUAUAUAUAUAAAUAUAUAUAUAUGUGGAGAUGUGCAAUGAGUUGUAUAAUGUGAUAUUUCAUAAGUAACACGAAUCCUAGCAUUCUUGGGUUGUUUUACCACAUUAUGUAUGUGUUUUUACAUAUAUUUAUUUGUGUUUAAGUUAGUCGUUAAUCUGUUCUGUCCAUCUGAAACAUUAAACAAUGUAUAUUAUUGAUGUAAAGCACUUUAAAAAAUUGGCAACAUUACUACUGAUCUGGACCUUACUGGACUAAGAAAUAAAGUCAACUCUGUUAGGCAUCUAAUGUAUAGAAAACACUUCCUUCCAAUGCAGCGUUUCCCAAAUGCUGGAACAGGGGGAUCCAAAGAUGAUGCACCUUUCUAGGUUUUUGUCCUAGCCCUAACACACCUGAUUCAAAUCAAAGGCUUGAUGAUGAAUUGUUGAUUAGUUGACUCAAGUGUGUGAGUGUUAGGACACAAACACCGCUUUGGGUCACCGAGACCAGGAAAGGGAAACGCUGUUCUAAUGGCGCCAACAUUUAUUCUAGCACUUAUUUCGAAGUAACCAAUGACCUUUCAACCUUGAACUAAUUAAAAAGGUUCCGUUUGCCUAAAAUGUCACACAACAGAUUAGUAUUUUACAGUGUAUAGAAUGUUCAUUCAGUCUCAACUAUGAUUGUUUUUAUUCAUACAUAGAUACCAUGUACAGUAUAUUCAUUAUAAAAGGUAUAUUUCUUCCGUAUGAUUUGAGCAUUCGGUUACAAGACACACCCAGCUUCUGUUGUACCUAAUAAAGGGUUUGAAUCAUCGUCAGACCCCUACCAUACAUUAAAUAAACCACAGGCACAGAAACCAAACCUAUUUGUUGUCUAUUUAAUUCUGUCUUGUAGGCUUUAUUUUGUCAUGUCAAUCCUUUGUGCAUGGCAAGAGUUAUGAGUGGGGAUGAGAUUAAAGGAAACCAAGACGCCACGUAAAGAGACUUGAAACGGACAUUUGUGACUGAAUUCCAUGUUGUGCAGUUGAUUUCUGUAACCAAUCUUUUUUUAAAAUCAAUUCCAAGACAGUUGGUUAUUUUUUUCCACGAUAUAUAUGACCUUUAAAAAGUGUUGUUGUGACCCCAUUAAGGGCCAAUAAGACUCAUGUAUGUAUUAUAUCAGAAAUUAAUGUAAAAUACGAUUAAAAAGUGAAUCCUG